CAAAUGCUCUCAGACGUGCUCGGGCCCUUGCCUUAGAAGUGUCUGCUUUGAUGAAAAAAACAAUGGAGUGACACAAACACACACACACACACACACACAGCCCUUCCCUGUUGGGGACACAUCUUCACGAUGUUUACGCGUCGGUGUGACCUUGAUAGCCUGUAAUGGCUGAUGGCCGACCUUGGAUGGUGUGCCAUAUUUCUUUCCAGAAGGUGUUGUUUGUGUCUGCUACAGUGGCUGUGUGAGAUUGUGUUUGUGCUUUCUGAAUAUUCUGGUAUUUGUAAAGAGAGCACCUGCCUCUGAAUGCUGCGGGUCGGAUGUUUAUGGGCUUUCCUUGAAAGACUGGGGUUACCAUUCUCUUGGUAUGCAGUGGGACUCUUGUCCCUUUCAACAAAUUUAAGCUAUUUCUGAGAUACUUGAAGGGAGACAAUUGUGAAAUAUUUCACUGAAUUAAUGAUCAAUUCCCUAAAAUUAGGUAAAUGAAUACAUGUAACACAUCCUACCCCACUAUAAAUACAUCCUAUUGAUCGCCUCUCUAAUGGGAACAGUAUUGCAUUGCAUACAUCAUCAUAUGAUACCUCCAUAUUCCCAGAACUUGCAGAGCAGACGGUAUCAAAAGACCAGACAGAAAUGACCCUCGUCUCGCAGUCAAUUGUUUUAGCUGUGAAGUAAAACAAUUUAUACUUUUGAGAUAGUCAUUUUUUUUUUUUUUAAAGAAAGUAGUGGUCAGAUGUAGGCCAGCCUUUUUGAAUGCAAAGUUUCUGCUCUUGUCACUCCUCAGGUAGCUACUUCCCGACACAGAUCGGUCUUGUCUUUGUCUGAGACUUCAACUCUUGCAAAGAUGAGCACGGUUGUGCAAAUGCAAGCUUGAAGUCUGCCAAAGGGAGGAGAGGGGAGGCGUACCGAAGACAGAGAGUGGCGCCGGACAGAGGAAGGGGGUGACGCUCGUAAGCUUGACACAGAAAAAAGGACGAUGGAGCAUUUAGUCACUCGUUGCCACAAUACAUAAAGACUGGAAAACUGGAAAAAAGGAUUGUCCGAUGAACACAAAGGCUUGUGGCAUUUUGUGACAGACUAACUCCCGGCUUCCUGUUGCAUUGUUUCUGAUUUGUAAAUGGACAUCGACAACACUCUUGACUCGUGCUCUGCGGUUAAACCACUUCUGGGGGAUUUUUGCUUGCCUGAUGUGAAGACCCUUGCUUGAGUUCAAAGGAAAUAUGGAGAAUUAUUGAAUCAUCUUUACUUUUGGUUCGUGUUACUGAAAAUGGCAGAGCUGCUUCGCCCGAAGGCAGGGUGCGAUGUGUUUACCCGUGCUUUUUUCUAAGAUAUAUCAAACAAACGGAGGAUUGGGCCAUCUCGGUCUGUCAUGGUUCCCCCUCGACUCUCGAGCUGCAACAAGCACUUUUUUGUCGCCCCUUGACUGAAAUAGAAAAUGAAGCCCUCGAAAGCUCUGAAGAUGACCAUGUACUCUCCUGUGGGACCGGAGGACAUCGCUUUAACUCGGCCCAUUCCCGUCCCAACGCUGACCGUCCUGCCACCAUCCUCGGACACCGAGUCCUGGUCUCGCUCGCCGAGCCCCAGGCCGUCCCGCUCGAGCCGCCAUGGUCGACCCCCCCGCAGCAGGACGCGAUCCAAGAAGCGGAAUGGGGAGGAGCCCGACUGCACUCCGAAGCGGCAGUGGGGUAAAACACCUCGCAUCGUGAUAGAGGAGACUGCCGCGCAGGGUACCGUUCCACAUCGGAGCGCCUCGCCUCCCUCCUCUUCGGUGGCCAGUCGAGUGGAGGGGGGCGAGCGAGGUCAGGACAUCCCCUCUCGGGACCUCCUCCUGCCACCGUCACGCUCCUGGUCCCGUAGUCCCUCUCCCAGCCGGCGCUCCCGUUGGUCCUUCAGGAGCCUGCUCAGCAGAGACUCUGACGGGGAGAGCUGCAGUACGGCCAGUAACUCUCCACGCAGCACCCCCGGCAGCUCUCCCUCCCUGCGGCGCAGGGUCCUUGGGGGUGGCAGGGCCGGUGAGAGCGAGGGAGGAGGCGAGAAGAGCGGUGCAGUUGGAGGUGGAGGAGUUGGUGGUGGAGGAGGGGGUUUAGGGGGUUCAGAUAGCCCCCUGCCCACCAUACCUUCUGCCUCCUCGCUCACAUCUGCCUACCCGCUUGCUUCACGCCACUUCAGCCGCAAUGCCAAGAAAAUGCAGAGCUGGUACAAUGUUCUCAGUCCGACAUACAAACAGCGGAACGAGGAUUUUCGUAAACUCUUUAAGAAACUUCCUGACACCGAGCGACUUAUAGUGGACUACUCCUGCGCUCUGCAGAAGGACAUACUGCUUCAGGGCCGCCUUUAUCAGUCGGAGAACUGGCUUUGUUUCUACAGUAACAUCUUCCGCUGGGAAACCACUAUCACUAUCCUGCUGAAGGACGUCACCUCUAUGACCAAGGAGAAGACCGCCAAGCUCAUCCCAAACGCCAUCCAGAUCACCACUGACAACGAGAAGCACUUCUUCACCUCUUUCGGAGCGAGGGAUCGCAGCUUCAUGAUGAUCUUCCGUCUGUGGCAGAACGCCCUGUUGGACAAGUCUCUCUCCCCCAAAGAGCUGUGGCACAUCGUGCACCAGUGUUACGGCACCGAGCUGGGCCUCACGAGCGAAGACGACGACUACGUCUCCCCCACCACCGAACACGUGAACGGCCUUCUGCCUGGAGACGAGUCCGUGCCGGUCACGGAUCAACUCGACGUGAGCUCGGUGUCGGUGUGCUCUUUGAGCAGCUCUUCCCCUCCCCUGGUGCCCUGCGGUCUGGCCAGCUCUGUCUCAGCGACUCACCUCGGGGGCUCCUCUCCCCCGUCCUCCGCCUCCUCCUUUCUGCCCAUCGAGAUGCCUUCGUCGUCCGGACGCAGGCUCAGCGCUGACCCCCUCGAACCCAGCCCGCCCAGCUCCCACAGCUCGCUGCCAUCCACCGCUCCCGCCAGCCUCUCGGCCUCCGCCCCGGCCUCCGCCGCCGCCUCCUUUAGCCUAGAAGAGGGCGGCAGCCUGUCCGAGUCAGCCAAUUACAUGCUGCCCACGUCGACCACCAGUCUGGGAAACCUCUCCUCAUUGGACAUCACCAUCGAUGAGGAACUGCCCACGGACCCCAGCAACUCCUCUGACACGCAAGAAGAGAGCGAGGUGGAGUCGUUCUGCGCGGACCUGUGCGGGCGGCUUCACAUCAACAACCCGCUCCGCAUGAGCGUAGACAAGCUGCACGACCUCCUCUUCUCCGCCGACAUCCACUUCAUCCAGCACCUCUUCUCCCAGAGACACUUUACUGACCUAGAGGUGGGUGAAUGGCAGCCGGACAGCAGCAGUGGGGCUACCAGCCGUGUGCUGAGCUACACUAUCGCCCUCAACAACCCCCUCGGCCCCAAGACUGCCCCUGUGGUGGAGACACAGACGUUGCAUAAGAGCAGCGCCCGGGGCGAGUGCUUCGUGGUGGACUCGGAGGUCAUCACCUCAGGCAUCCCCUACCAGGACUACUUCUACACGGUCCACAGAUACUGCCUCACCUCCAUCAACAAGCACAAGAGUCGGCUCAGAGUCUCCUCAGACAUCUGCUACAGGAAGCAGCCGUGGAGCCUGGUGAAGACACUGAUUGAAAAGAACACCUGGAGCGGCAUUGAGGAGUACUACAGACACAUGGAGAGCGAGGUGUGCAAGCUGGAGACGCUGCUGCAGACGGAGAUUUCCAUCGUCACCGUGGCCGACGCCGUGCGCGCCGACGCCGCCAAGACUCCGCCGGCGCUGCGCCGCCGCAAACGCACCUGCUCUCGGCGGCAGGGCGAGAGGGAGGGAGGAGGCUCCGUGGACCGAAGGGACCGAGGAGUCGGAGACGAGAGGGACAGGAGAGAAGCCAGUGCUCAGCUGGGCGAGCGCUCGCGAGGAGGCCUCAACAGUAUUUCCACCAUCCUCCUCAUCGUCAGCUUCAUCCUGGUGGUGCUGGUGGCCCUCAACAUGCUGCUCUUCUACAAGCUGUACGCUCUGGAAAGAGCGGCCCACACGCUGGAGACGUGGCACUCCUAUUCGGUCGCCGACAGUCCUUUACCCCAGACGGCUGGAGAGUGGGCUCAGGUCCUGCAGCUGCAGAGGCAGUUUCACCAGGCUCAGCUCAGCAAGUGGCAACAGAUCCUGCAGUCGUCUGUCUCUCUUCUCGACCAGAUGAAGCAUUCUCUAAAAAAGCUCCACCGGGGCAUCGUGGUCCCAGAGGUGCAGCGGGAUCCCUCCGAUGAAGAUGAUGAUGAUACCCUGUCAGAGUCCCUGACUUAGGCCUGAGCUCCCCCCCCCUCCCCCCACCACCACCACCACCUUCAUACCACCACCUUCAUACACCACCCCCUGACUGUCUCCCACUUGUGAACACAACCCUGGUGGACUGGUAGAGUUGAAGAGAGAGGCUGGGCGGCAGUUUGCUCUUUCCCUCAUUUCCAAAUACAAAGAGUGGGGACGUGCAAUUCUCCUCGCCAGGUUGACUUGAACUCGGCGAUGAACACACGGCGAUGACCACUCGCCGAUGUUCCCCUUCAGCCGGAAACCAGUGACCACUUCAGUGAACUCGUUCAGACUGGAGGCCAUCAGGACCACAGCAAUAAUUAGCCUACAGCUGCGAGUCACCUGUAUGUAGUGUUUGGAAACGGGCCACUGGUGGGCCGACGCAGACUUAACGACUCAGGCGCAUUUCAAAAUGUCCCCCCCCCCCUCACACACACACACACACACACACACACUCCUGUCACAGACUUCACUUCCUCUUCUGACACGCAAUAUUUCAUAGGGAUCGGUGAUUCUGGAAAGUGUGGGGGGGGGGGGUCCUCCUAGUCCUGGGAACCCUUUGCCUCUACAGGGAACGCCUGCUGAAACAAACGGGGGGGGGACACCACCCGCUCUGUGGAUGUGACAACGGUCAGAAGAGAGGGGCGAGGGGGGGGGAGGGAGCCGGACGCCUCACUCGCUCUCGUCCGUCCGUCAGGCAUUUGUUCCCCCAUGUCCGAGUUGAGCCCCCCCCCCCCCCCCCAAAGGCCGUCGAUGCUCCGGAAACAGGGACGAGAAACAUUUAAACACCAGACACUUUAGUUUUCAGCUUUAUUUGUUCGAUGUAGAUUAUGCAGCAAAGUGAAUCUCAAACCCCCCCCCCCCACACUCCUCACCCUCCUGGGUGUUUUAAUGUGUUUUUUGUUGUUCAAAAUCAGUGUGUUUCGUGAGGACAAGAAGCUGCAUCUGACUGGACCGACAGUAUUUAUUAUUACCGAUGGCUUUGGACCUGAAGUCCUGUCCUGCUCUUAAGAAGUCGUUGGGGGCUCAUCCUGCGCUCUGAUUCGCUGUUACAGUACGGACCAAGAGGAGCUCGACGAACCACGACUGGCCGCCGCAAUAAUGACAGUAGUGACGCUCGUACUUUUUGAUUGUUUCAAACAAAGUAGUAUAUAAUAAAUAAUAAUAAUGAGUGAGUAUGUGUCCGUGUGUGUGUGUGUGUGUGUGUGUGUGUGUCUGGAGGCAGAAAAAACAACAAGCAAAGAAGAGUUUGACUGUGUGUGUGUGUGUGUGUUCACGAGGAGUCCUCAGUGUUUCAGAUGUUACAUUUUCUUAUAUCGGCGUUUCUUGAGUUUGAGAUUUCUCUUUCACGUUCGGUUGCUCACUCUUUUUAUCGCACAUUAACAGUCGACUCGAUUCGGUGGAGACCUCGGCGGUCGGCCACUUCGUUGUCCCUCUGGGCCGGACGCCUCGAAAAAACUCAAAGGACCAACCCGAUUCUGUCGGCCCAGGUGAAGAAAAGAAAGGGGAAAAAGUUUUGCAGUAUUGUUUUUUGUUUUUGUUUUUUUGUGCGUGUUUGUAAGAUUUAUUUGACUUUUUUUAUUUGAUUCAUUUUCUAUCUUUUGUUAUUUCGGCAUUUAUUUCCAGCCUGUCCUGUCUCUCUCUCUAUCCACUCUUCUUCAUCUUCCUCUUCUUCUUCCUCUUCCCCUCCAACCGCUCUCUCUGUUUCACUGAAAAUGGCGGCGACAGAAGCAUGCGGGCCACGCUGUGCAUGGCCGUCCGCGGGUAACAAUAUGGUGUCAUAUUUAUUUAGAGUUGCUGGGUGGGGGGGGGUUAAGAGGGAGAGAGAUGGAUGAUAAUGUACUGUAAAGAUAUGAUUGCACACCGCUCCUUGGACAUAAAUGAAAAGUUUUAAAACAUAAAAACGAGUCCUCGCUCA